CGGAAGCGGGGCUACUUCCGGCCGGAAGUGCGCGGGCGAGGCCGCGGGGGGCAGGAGCCGGCAGCAUGUCCGCCAGCGCCGUCUACGUGCUGGACCUGAAGGGGAAGGUCCUCAUCUGUCGAAAUUACCGUGGAGAUGUCGAUAUGUCAGAGGUUGAGCAUUUUAUGCCGAUCCUUAUGGAAAAGGAAGAAGAAGGAACACUUUCCCCCAUUCUAGCUCAUGGAGGAGUUCGUUUUAUGUGGAUUAAACAUAACAAUUUAUAUCUUGUUGCAACUUCUAAGAAGAAUGCUUGUGUCUCUCUGGUGUUUUCAUUCCUCUAUAAGGUGGUUCAAGUAUUUUCAGAAUAUUUCAAGGAGUUGGAAGAAGAAAGCAUUCGGGAUAACUUUGUUAUUAUUUAUGAGUUGCUAGAUGAGCUAAUGGAUUUUGGUUAUCCCCAAACCACUGAUAGUAAAAUUUUACAAGAGUACAUCACUCAGGAAGGCCACAAACUUGAAACUGGAGCUCCACGUCCACCUGCCACUGUUACCAAUGCUGUUUCUUGGAGGUCAGAGGGGAUAAAAUAUAGGAAAAAUGAGGUGUUUCUGGAUGUUAUAGAAUCUGUUAACCUUUUGGUUAGUGCCAAUGGCAAUGUAUUACGGAGUGAGAUAGUUGGAUCCAUUAAAAUGAGGGUCUUUCUCUCAGGAAUGCCAGAACUUCGCCUUGGUUUAAAUGAUAAAGUACUCUUUGAUAACACAGGACGUGGCAAAAGCAAGUCAGUGGAAUUGGAAGAUGUAAAGUUUCACCAGUGUGUCCGUCUCUCUCGCUUUGAAAAUGACCGGACAAUUUCUUUCAUCCCACCUGAUGGGGAGUUUGAACUCAUGUCUUAUCGUCUUAACACUCACGUAAAACCACUGAUCUGGAUUGAGUCUGUGAUUGAAAAACAUUCCCACAGUCGCAUAGAGUACAUGAUCAAGGCAAAGAGUCAAUUCAAGCGCAGAUCUACUGCCAACAACGUGGAGAUUCACAUUCCAGUUCCAAAUGAUGCAGACUCACCAAAGUUUAAAACCACAGUGGGAAGUGUCAAAUGGGUUCCAGAGAACAGUGAAAUUGUGUGGUCCAUUAAAUCUUUUCCAGGGGGAAAGGAGUAUCUAAUGCGAGCUCACUUUGGGCUUCCAAGCGUUGAAGCUGAAGAUAAAGAAGGCAAACCACCCAUUAGUGUCAAGUUUGAAAUUCCUUAUUUUACCACUUCAGGAAUCCAGGUCCGCUACUUAAAGAUCAUCGAGAAGAGUGGGUAUCAGGCUUUACCAUGGGUUCGCUAUAUCACCCAAAAUGGAGACUAUCAGCUCCGAACACAAUAAGAAUUUUUGUACCCGACAGACAACUGUACUUCAGGCCUAAAAUUUGUUUGCAGAAAUCUUUACUGUAUUGAAGACUGCAGACUCGUUUCCAGACGUAUUGUUUCAGCAAACUUGAACUGAGGAGAAGGAAUUGGUUAUUUACUAUGUUCAACAAGCAGUGUUUGGACCAUUAGAACAGAUUGGGUAGAUGUUUAUUUCAUUCUUAGAGCACAUUAAUUUUGCUGCUAAAUGUUGAUCGUGUUGGGAGUAGCAGGUUUUCCUGAGAAGCCAGGCAUGCAGACUGAAUCCCUUGAUAGUUAAAUGUCAGAGUUUCCAGCGUCCAAACUUUCAAAAGAAUACUAAUGCCAUCUGUAAAGCCAUUAGCAGAAUCAUAUUAAAAACAGGGAAAAUGAUGGUGCCACUGAAAUGACUGCUAAGCAUUCUUAGUUGUGCUAACCCAGGAUAUUUAUUCCGCUCAAAAAUCCAUCUGCUGGGUGAUGAUUUCUUUAAUUAAGGCUGUAUGAGCUUGCAAUGACUUAAAGAUGGAUCAAAAAAUUGUCAUAGAUUCAGAAUAAAAGUUGGUUUUAUUUCA